AUGACUGACCUCAAAUAUUUCAAUGAAAGUCUUUCCCGUUCGCUCAUUGCAGCAGCAGCAGCAGCAGCAGCAGCAUCGGCAGAUCAGCCAGGGGCAGACACAGAGAAGAGGGCUGCAUCUGUGACCUUGGACCCGGAAUCACCAAUAUAUCAGUACCUUUUUACAGCUCACCUGACCCAACUGCUGAACCCUCUUUUCGACUCGCGUGAUCAUGUCUCGGUGCUGGAAAUUAGACCUGGCCCAAAGAGCAUCCUUCACUAUUUCUCCCCUCGUCUGAGACGCAAGGUCUCGAGAUACACUGCGAUUGAACCUGAUGAUCGGUCUGCUACAAGGUUAGAAGAAUGGCUUCACUCCCCAUCCGAGAUGGGCUCUCCUCUACCUUGCCUCGAAAUCCCGCCGAACAUCCGUCGAAUCCCCCUUAACACGGCAUUCCCUACAUUGAGCGGUACCAGGCCGGUUGCAUAUGAUAGCAAGGAGAAGUUUGACGUCAUCUUCUUCUCUCAUGAGACACACUCCGUGCUUCGAUUUGCGUCCAUGCAAUGGACAUUGAAAAUGCUCGCGAAGCGACCCGAGGGUGGAAUGGUGAUGAUGAUUCAUGACGUGUGCCACAAAACAGUUUCUCUUCCUCCCAGAACGUUUCGCGUGAUAGAUGACGAUAAAGUGCUGGAUCGUCUUGCGCAUUUCAGCACACCGUCCACCCUGGCGAACAGGUGGAAGAGAUUCUGCCGCGGCAUAAGCCGGUGCGAGAAAAAGGACUCCGAUUAUCUGUUGUUCGACUUACCCACAAUUAUUACGGUCUUCCAAGAGCACGCGAACUCGUUUGGUAAGCUGACAAGACACGUGCCCAUGUUGAACGAGCCAUUGAAGGAUCGAGUGGCCCGCCUCAAUCAUUCUCCCUUGAUCGUUAAACCACGGAACAUCCAACAUGUUCAGCAUUGCGUUCGAUGGGCCCUGAAGCACGGGGCUGGUCUGACAGUCAUUGGCGGGGGUCACAGUGGCCACUGUAUACGGCCCCACGUUGUCUCAGUCGACAUGAUCGAAUGCGACGAAGUACAUAUUGUCCCGGUUGAGGCUGGCACUGGAGAUCCAAAUUCUGAUUCUGGGUCUGUGGUAGUCGCUGGAGCGGGCUGCAAGACAAGCGAUAUCAUCAAGAAGACUAUGGAGGCGGGCUUGACGGUGCCCUUGGGGUCACGACCGAGUGUAGGAGCGGGACUGUGGCUGCAAGGUGGCAUCGGGCAUCUGGCUCGGCUAUACGGGCUUGCAUGCGAUGCCAUUGUCGGCGCUGUACUUGUCAGCGUUGAUUCAAGCCAGGCCUGCUGGUACUAUCCGCCAGAAAACGAAUCCGAUCUACUGUGGGCGAUAAAAGGUGCCGGAACCAACAUUGGCAUUAUAGUCAGCGUCACAUUCAAGGCUUUCGUAGCUCCGACCUAUUCGGUGCGAAACUGGGCCAUCCCGUUGACUGACCGUGUUGAGGCGCGACAAAAGCUUAUCGAGGUUGAUCAGUUUGCGAGCAAACUUCCUCGUAACUGUUCUGCAGAUGCGUAUCUGUACUUGGACAUGGACCAGCUGCAUCUUGGCGUGACCAUGUUUGAGGCAUGCACAACUGAUCCUACGCAUGAACUAUCAUACCCCACGCCGAAUUGCACAUUCUUGGGGUCUGAACAUGAUAUUAAACACGUCGAAAGUGUCGGGCUGUUUGACGUCGACAUGUACAUGACCAAACUUCAUGGCGGACACCGCAGCGGCAAGACUUACUCCUUCAAGCGGUGUUUAUUCUUGAAGCAGGUUGGGCAAGCAGAUGUCGCUGACAUCUUGCUGACGGCCAUGGAGACUCGUCCCACACCACUCUGCUAUGUUCAGCUGUUGCAAGGUGGAGGAGCUGUCAAUGAUGUGGCGGCUGAUGCCACUGCUUUUGGCUGUCGAGAUUGGGGCUUUGCAUGCAUGAUAACUGGUGUGUGGCCCCGCGAAGACGAAACCGAAGCUGCCGGGGCUGUUGAGAAAUGGGUAUACGACGUCACCAAAGACUUGUUGCCCUUGAGUAGCGGGUGUUACAGCACAGACCUAGGACCAAACCCUAGAGACUCCGCGUUGGCAGCUAAGGCUUUUGGUCUGAACCGGCUGCGUCUGGCCCAUAUCAAGCACAGCUCAGACCCGCACAACGUGUUGCCCUACGCCUGCCCACUUCCAAAAGCACCUCAACAUAAGCUUAUCAUACUUGUCACGGGCGAAAGCUGCGCCGGGAAAGACUAUUGUGCCAGGAUCUGGGCCUCUGUAUUCACCUACGGAAGCUUCAGAGUGCGCACGGUGAGCAUUAGCGACGCGACGAAGCGAGCAUACGCGGCAGCUACCGGUGCAGAUCUGAACCUGCUUCUGUCAGAUCGUGCUUACAAAGAACAGCACCGGCCCGCAUUGACAGAAUUCUUCCAGGGUCAAGCGCGGGUUCGACCUCAGCUGCCAGAGGAGCGUUUUCUGGAUGUGGUGUACGGGGCAGUAGACGUGGAUGUGCUGCUGAUCACCGGAAUGAGAGAUCAGGCGCCGGUCGCAGCCUUUUCGCAUUUGCUGCCAGGUACUAGACUAAUCGAUGUGCGCGUUGAAGCUAGCGAAGAGAUACGGCUAUCUCGUCGAGGGUGCCAGGGCAGCCAGCCAGAACGCCAGGACCAGACAGCCGCCUUAGAAUAUUGCGCCAAUCUCAUUUUCGAGAAUGACACCCCCGGAGACGCAGCAGUGAGAGGGUUCGGCGAGCAACACCUACUUCCUCUCGUCGACGUGGACCUGCAGCGACUGGCAAACAUGGUCCGCACGGUACACGACUUUCCACGCCCGGCCAUUAAAUUCCGCCAUGUGCUGGGCAUUUCGCAGCAGCCGAGCGGAAUUGCAUUGUGUACAUCCCUUCUGCAAUCUCACUUCACCGGUGACUGGGCAAAAAUUGAUGCGAUAGCAUGUUGCGAAGCCGGUAGCUUUGUGUACGCGUCGCCGCUGGCCAUGCAAGUUGCUGCACCUUUAGCACUGAUCCGCGAGGGUGGAAAGCUCCCCUUACCGACGUUUUCUGUUCCCAAAAUUGCAUCGCACAUCUCGUCUCUGGCGCCUAGUGACUCGGGUGAGAAGUGGCUUGAAAUCGAAGAAGGUCUGAUUCCCGAAGGUGCGUCGGUGGUGGUGGUGGACGACGUGCUGGCCACGGGGAGGACACUUUGCGCAGUGCUGAACCUUUUGGUUGAAGCUGGCAUACGUGCUGAGGAUGUGAGGGUCAUGGUUGUGGCGGAGUUCCCUGUUCACCGGGGCCGGGAGUUGUUGCGCCAGCGUGGUUAUGGCAAUAUCAACAUUCAAAGCCUUUUAGUUUUUGAUGGUGCCUAGAAGGGAGGAGCUUGACAUGUUUGACGUUGAUGAUACAUGGGUUAGUUAAUCGUGUUGUCUUUUAUGGCUAGCAUGUGUUUGGUAAGCAGGUGGUGGGGGUUUGGAGAUGCAGUAGUGAUGAUUGAUAUUCGG